GCGGCGGGCCACGCGGGGCCGCUGCUGCAGCCGGCUGGGCGGUGCGCCCGGGCAGCCUCAGCCGCGCGCCGCGUCGCUGUAAUCGGACACCGAGCGCUCGCCCCCAGCGCCCGGCCACUUGCCAUUCACUCCGCGGUGCGGGGUUGAGCGACGUGGAGAAGGGCUCCGGGUGCCGCGGCUCUGCCGCCUGGGAUUCUGCUACAAAGAAACUCAGCACCGGCCGGCAGGGAUCCCACCCUCGGGACUCACUAAGUCUUUAAAGGUCUUCUGGGGAAAGGACCUAGGGGACUGGGAAUCCGAGCCCGGAGCAAGUGGCUGACUUCUCCUGGAUCUUUUCCCAACUCGGUAUUUUCCCUUGGAUAUUAAUUCCCAAGUCAGAAGAAAUGGCAUUCCGGGUGAUUUUUGUGUUGGUUGGAGUACUUAUUUGUUCCAUUUGUGUUCGAGGAUCUUCCCAGCCCCAAGCAAGAGUUUAUUUAACAUUUGAUGAGCUUCGAGAAACCAAAACCUCUGAAUACUUUCGUCUGUCCCACCAGCAGUUAGACUACCGAAUAUUACUGAUGGAUGAAGAUCAAGACCGGAUAUAUGUGGGGAGCAAAGACCACAUCCUGUCUUUGAAUAUCAACAAUAUCAGUCAAGAACCUUUGAGUGUUUUCUGGCCAGCAUCAACAAUCAAAGUUGAAGAGUGCAAAAUGGCUGGCAAAGAUCCUACACAUGGCUGUGGGAAUUUUGUCCGGGUUAUUCAGACCUUCAACCGUACUCACCUGUAUGUCUGUGGGAGUGGAGCGUUCAGUCCAGUGUGUACCUACCUGAACCGGGGAAGGAGAUCAGAGGACCAAGUCUUCAUGAUCGACUCUAAGUGUGAAUCUGGCAAAGGACGAUGUUCUUUCAACCCAAAUGUGAACACUGUGUCUGUUAUGAUCAAUGAGGAACUCUUCUCAGGCAUGUAUAUAGACUUCAUGGGAACAGAUGCUGCUAUUUUCCGAAGUUUAACUAAGAGGAAUGCAGUUCGAACUGAUCAACAUAAUUCAAAAUGGCUGAGUGAACCGAUGUUUGUGGACGCACAUGUGAUCCCAGAUGGGACUGAUCCAAAUGAUGCUAAGGUCUAUUUCUUCUUCAAAGAAAGACUGACUGACAACAAUAGGAGCACAAAACAGAUUCAUUCCAUGAUUGCAAGGAUAUGCCCUAAUGACACUGGCGGACAACGUAGUCUUGUCAACAAGUGGACCACAUUCUUAAAGGCAAGACUUGUAUGCUCAGUCACAGAUGAAGACGGCCCAGAGACACAUUUUGAUGAACUAGAGGAUGUCUUUCUGCUGGAAACCGACAACCCAAGGACAACGCUGGUGUAUGGCAUCUUCACCACAUCAAGCUCUGUUUUUAAGGGAUCGGCAGUGUGUGUGUAUCACUUAUCCGAUAUACAGACUGUAUUCAAUGGGCCUUUUGCCCACAAGGAAGGGCCCAAUCACCAGCUGAUAUCCUAUCAAGGCAGAAUCCCAUAUCCUCGCCCAGGAACUUGCCCAGGAGGGGCCUUUACACCCAAUAUGAGAACCACCAAGGACUUCCCAGAUGACGUUGUCACUUUUAUUCGGAACCACCCUCUCAUGUACAAUUCCAUCUACCCCAUCCACAGAAGGCCUCUGAUCGUCCGCAUAGGCACUGACUACAAGUACACAAAGAUAGCUGUGGACCGUGUGAAUGCUGCUGAUGGACGAUAUCAUGUUCUGUUUCUGGGCACAGAUCGGGGCACCGUGCAGAAGGUCGUAGUCCUUCCUACCAAUAGCUCUGCCAGUGGGGAGCUCAUUCUGGAGGAGCUGGAAGUCUUUAAGAAUCAUGUUCCCAUAACAACAAUGAAAAUCUCAUCCAAAAAGCAACAGUUGUACGUGAGCUCCAACGAGGGCGUUUCCCAGGUCUCUCUGCAUCGCUGCCACAUCUACGGCACAGCCUGUGCGGACUGCUGCCUGGCAAGGGAUCCAUACUGUGCCUGGGAUGGCCACUCUUGCUCUAGGUUCUACCCCACUGGGAAGCGGAGGAGCCGAAGACAAGAUGUGAGACACGGAAACCCGCUGACACAGUGCCGAGGGUUCAAUCUGAAAGCAUACAGAAAUGCAGCUGAAAUUGUUCAGUAUGGAGUAAGAAAUAACAGCACUUUCCUUGAGUGUGCUCCCAAGUCUCCGCAGGCAUCUGUCAAGUGGUUGCUGCAGAAAGACAAAGACAGGAGGAAGGAGGUUAAACUGAAUGAGCGCAUUAUAGCUACUUCCCAAGGACUACUGAUUCGCUCUGUUCAAGAUUCUGAUCAAGGACUCUACCACUGCAUUGCCACUGAGAACAGCUUCAAACAGACCAUAGCCAAGAUUAACUUCAAAGUUUUAGAUUCAGAAAUGGUGGCCAUUGUGACAGACAAGUGGUCCCCAUGGACAUGGGCUGGCUCUGUGAGGGCUCUACCUUUCCAUCCAAAGGACAUCCUGGGGGCAUUCAGCCACUCGGAAAUGCAGCUCAUCAAUCAGUACUGCAAAGACACCCGGCAGCAGCAGCAGCUGGGUGAAGAACCACAGAAGAUGAGAGGGGACUAUGGCAAGCUGAAGGCUCUCAUCAACAGCAGGAAAAGCAGAAACAGGAGGAAUCAGCUUCCAGACUCAUAAAACAUUCACCCAUGAAGUUUUGCUUCCAGGAACAAAUGCUCUGUCUUCACUAGUCAACUAUUAAGUAAAAUCUUGUGCUUUACCCAUGAGAAAUUUCUGACAAAAGCUGGAGACUCACUCUAAAGUGCGUUCUCUGUAAACUGAAAAGAGCAUGCAUUUUCUUGUAUGAUACAGACUAGCACUAGACA